UUUGUAAUAACUGAGCAACAUUUUACAAAAAUAAUUAAUUCAUGGCAUUUUAUUGGGGUACUAUGCGACUUACAAUUUUUCUUAUAUUCUUAAUUUUGUUUGACAUUUUGAAAAUAUUAUGCCGAACUCUUUUGUCUGGAUUUUUGAAAACACAGCUAGCAUGUAUUGAAUCCUUUUCUUUUUUUCUUUUAACACUUCCCUCAAAAACUAACAAAAGCACCAAAAACAAAAGAUUUCUUGUUUAAGCGCAGAGAAAUGAAACAUCCUGUUUGUUUGGAAUCCAAAUGACGGUUGCCUCACUCUUACCUAAUUAGGAGAGCCUGCUUAAUGAGGAAAAUUCUUUUCAAAGUCAAUGGGUUUGCAAACACAAACAUAGCUGUCCCCCCAGAAUGAAAUAAGCACAUUCCUCACAUGCAUAUUUUAGUUACACACUCUAAUUAAUAUUACUACUUAAAAUGUGUGGAAUUCAUCUGUUACAGUAUAAAAACACCAGGAGUUCCCUUCUCACAGGCUCAUAGACACCAGGCUGAACAUACUAACUCAAUUUUGGAUUUAGACAAAAUGGAAAUUAUUUCAUCAAAACAAUUCAUUUUGUUGAUUUUAGCCACUUCAAGCUUACUAACAUCAAACAUCUUUUGUUCAGAUGAAUUAAUGAUGCCCCGUUUUCACAGCAAAGAAAAUGAUGACAAAUAUUCCCAGCCUAGAGGAAUCCCAGAAGGGGAAAAGGAAAGAAGUGUCAGUUUUCAAGAACUAAAAGAUUGGGGGGCAAAGAAUGUUAUUAAGAUGAGUCCAGCCCCUGCCAACAAAGUGCCCCACUCAGCAGCCAACCUGCCCCUGAGAUUUGGGAGGACCACAGAAGAAAGAAGUCCCAGAGCAUGGGCCAACAUGGAGGCAGGGACCCUGAGCCAUGUUCCCAGCCUACCCCAAAGGUUUGGGAGAACAACAGCCAGAAGCAUCCCCAAGACACUGAGUCAUUUGCUAGAGAGAUCCUUGCACUCACUGGGCGCCAGUGAGCUGCUCUACGCCAUGACUUGCCAGCAUCAAGAAAUCCAGAGUCAUGGAGGGAAGCAACCAAGGUAAGUGUAGGAAAGCUGGUCAGCUGCACAGUCAGAGAUGUAUGUGUAUCCCAUACUGUCAAAAGGGACUGCUAAGAAAGCUAGCUUCUCAGAAGGACAAGGACAACAUCCCAAGGAAAUGAACACCUGUACAUCCUGAGCUCUUCAAGGACAGGUGUCAUAAUGCCAAGCCACAUGUGACCAUCAGGCUGACAAUUCUGUAAGCCAUACACUAGGUCCAUGCAAUGACAAGCUUGCAGAUUUAAGUUAUGACCUAUUGUUCAAUCUUCCAUCUCUCAAAAAUGAAAGUCCCAUGUGAGAGAAUUGUUUCCCAAUCCAGAAGACACCACCAUCUCAAUCAGAUGGCAAAUGCAGGAAUUUUUUCCCCCAAUAACAUUCUUUGGGAUGGUGUGGGAGAUGGAAUUCGGGCCUUAUGCAUGCUAGGCAGGUGCUCUGCCACAGAGCUACCACCAUUCUUGUCCAAUUUUUUCAUCAAACUUUUCUUCAUUUUCUGCAUCUUGUUUUAUACAUGAAUCCUCCUACAACCAUUCUUUGUAUUAAUUAACAAACAUUUGUUAUCCACCACACAUAAAUUAGAGUGCCAGGUACUAUAUAAGAUUAGAAAGUGUUAUUUCUAAUAGAAACUAUA